UUUGUUUUGUAGCUUAAGAGGCUACGAGAAGAGAGUGGGAAAGGAGAGAAGGGUGGUGGUGGUGGGGGCAAGGGUGUUGAACCAAAAGUUUUGAUCAAAGAGGGAGAGAGAGAGAGAGAGAGAGAGAGAGAGAGAGAGAGAAGAAGAAGCACUGUGAUGAUGGUUGGCUUUUUGUGUUUGUGUAGCUGCUGUGGCUGCCAAAGAUGAGGAACAAGUUAUCUUUUAGAAGGGUGGUCUUUUGGGUUUGGUUGGGUAGUUUGUGUGAUAUGUGGGGUUGUUCUUUCAGGAUAUAGUGUCACUCAUGCACUGAACUUUGUGUUUCUUGUCGUGGCCACCCCAUGUUAGAUUCUUCUUACUUGGCAGAGCCAGACAUACAUGCCUUCUGAUUUCAGAUCUCUUUGAUUACCUCUGACUCUUUGCCUCUACCACUUUCCUUUCUUGUUAUCUGCUUCUACUUGUUUUACUCUGCUUCUCACUCAAUCCACUUUGCUUUCUCCAAUAUUUAUUGCGGGAAAGAGAAGAAGAACAAUUCAAGGUCUGGUGCUGAGCUUUAAAGGAGGGACAAAGCUGCAACGUGGCUAGCAAAGGAAAAGGUGUAGCUCUUGGUGUCAAAAUAAGUUAUUGGAACCAACAAAGAGAGAAGAAAAUGAACCAAAUAUCUAGAAUCAAAAACAUAAUUUAUCGUGGUUGGGGCGGUGGUGUCAGUUUUGAGCAAGUGGGGUUGUCUCUGAUUUUGUCUUUGAGGAAUUGUUUUUAUGUUUGAGAUAGUCUGUUUCUGUUAGCAAUGUCUCCUAACAUGGCCAUUCUUUUCUGAGGUACUUGGACUGUUACCAUUGCAAGGUAGAGCAACAUAGGGAAAAAAGGAGCAGAAUAGUCAUUUCCUUUGGGGAAGAUGAAGUUUAUGAAACUUGGAUCUAAACCAGAUUCUUUUCAGAAUGAUGGUGAUAAUAUCAGGUAUGUGGCAACUGAGUUGGCAACUGACAUAGUAGUUAAUGUUGGAAAUGUCAAAUUUUAUCUCCAUAAGUUUCCUCUUUUGUCAAAAAGUGCACGCAUCCAAAAGGUGGUUACAAACUCUAGUGAGGAAAACAAUGAUGAAGUCCAUAUCCAAGACAUUCCUGGCGGACCUGCUGCUUUUGAAAUAUGUGCCAAGUUCUGUUAUGGUAUGACAGUCACUCUUAAUGCAUACAAUGUGGUUGCAGCUCGCUGUGCAGCAGAAUAUCUUGAGAUGCAUGAAACUGUUGAGAAAGGCAAUCUUAUAUAUAAGAUUGAAGUCUUCCUCAACUCGAGCAUUUUCAGGAGUUGGAAGGACUCGAUUAUUGUUCUUCAAACUACCAAGUCCCUUCUUCCAUGGUCUGAGGAACUUAAAGUAGUGAGCCAUGCCAUUGACUCUGUAGCUACCAAGGCUUCAAUGGAUACAUCAAAGGUGGAGUGGUCAUAUACCUAUAACAGGAAAAAACUACCAUCUGAAAAUAGUAAUGAUCCUCAGUUCAAUAGUGUUAGGAAACAGCAAUUGGUUCCAAAGGACUGGUGGGUGGAGGACCUCUGUGAGCUCCACCUUGAUCUGUAUGAACGGAUUAUAACAACAAUUAUAACCAAAGGCAAUGUUUCUGGUGCUGUAAUUGGAGAAUCUCUAAAUGCUUAUGCCUCAAGAAGGAUGCCUGGCUUCACCAAGGGUGUGAUCCAGGGCGGAGAUACUGUCAAGAAUAGAUUAUUAUUGGAGACCAUAAUUCGAUUAUUACCCAUGGACGUGGGCAGUGUCUCUUUCAGUUUCUUGGUGAAGUUGCUAAGGGUUGCUAUUCUGUUGGAAUGUGAAGAGUUAGAGAGAUCUGAACUGAUUAGAAGAAUAGGUAUGUGCCUUGAAGAGGCCAAGGUGUCUGAUUUAUUAAUUCGGGCACCAGAUGGUGAGACAAUUUUUGAUGUUGAUAUUGUGCAAAGGCUAGUAGAAGAGUUUGUAGCAUGUGAUCAACAUGUUCAGUUGGAUUCUCUGUUGGAAGAUGAAUUUCAAGAGAUCAGAAGCCCCGGGAUUGUAUCGGACACUUCAAAGGCUAAGGUGGCAAAACUGGUCGAUGGCUACCUUGCUGAGAUUGCACGUGAUCCAAAUUUACCUCUUUCAAAUUUUGUUAAUCUUGCUGAACUAGUAUCAAGCUUUCCUAGGACAUCUCACGAUGGCCUUUAUCGUGCCAUUGACAUGUAUUUAAAGGAGCAUCCUGGAAUUAGUAAGAGUGAAAGGAAAAAAAUAUGUAGGUUGAUGAACUGCAAGAAGUUGUCUGCAGAGGCUUGCAUGCAUGCUGUGCAGAACGAGCGGCUUCCCAUGCGUGUUGUUGUGCAGGUUCUCUUCUUUGAGCAGCUGAGAGCUACAGCAUCUUCAGGAGGCAACAACACACCAGAACAUUCCGGGUCGAUCAGGGCCUUACUUCCUGGUGGAUCACAUGGGAGCUCAAGGUCUACUAUUACAAACACAGAAGAGGAAUGGGAUGCUGUGGGAACAGUUGAAGACAUAAAAUCUCUGAAAGGGGAACUUGAUGCACUAAAAUUAUCAGGUGGAAACAACAAUAAUUGUGGUAAAGGCAACGCUGAGAAUGUUGCUGCUAGUAAAAUGAAAGGUCUCAUCUCAAAGAAGAUAAUGUCAAAGAUUUGGUCAAGCAAAGAAAGAAGUGGUGAGCUAACUAGUUCUGAUACAUCAGAAAGUCCUGCUUCCACUGUUGUAGAGGAAACAAAAUCUACCCCAUCUAGAAGCAGGAGGCAUUCGGUAUCUUAGACAAUGUUCUGCAUACUUAUAGAGCUCCAUUUAGUUAUUGUAUAAUCAUCUCACUCAAGUAGCAUCAGGAGUUAGAGGAUACUGACAUCUUCCACCUGAUAGAUACUUCAAUCAGGUCAACGUAAGUGUGAGCAAA